AUGGAAUAUCAGGCAUUACCGAAUGUUGAAAUUGAAAAUGAUCCAGAAGAGCAAGCGCUCACACCAUACAUUCAUGAUCCAUCACAAGAUUAUCCGGAAAAUAGUGAAAAACAAUCCCGUUGGAGUCAUCAACAAGAUUUAGAUGAUUUUUUUUCACGUGUUUAUCAAUAUCAUCAACGACAUGGAUAUUUUUGUAUUGUCUUAUCUGAAAUUCUUGCACUUGUACAAUUUAUAUUUAUUGUUUCAUUUACUGUUCUUGUUCUUCAAUGUAUUGAUUAUCCAGUAUUGUUUCGAUCAUCGCCAGCCAGUCGAAAUAUGACACGAAAAAUUCAGUUUAACGAUGUUAUUCUAUCUCCUAGUCAAUGUCUUCGACAUCAACAUUUAUUAAUAUCGCUGUGUGUUGCCUUAGCUGUAAUUUAUUGGAUUUAUCGUUUUUGUCGUGCUGUUUAUAAUUUAUUAUCAUUUUAUAAUAUAAGAUUGUUUUAUUCACAAGCACUUGAUAUUAAACCAAAAGAUCUUUCUAAUAUGACUUGGCAUGAAGUACAACAACGUCUAUCAAAAGCACAACUAAAACAUGAUUUAUGUGUACAUAAACAAAUUUUAACCGAAUUAGAUAUACACAAUCGUUUAUUACGUUUUAAAAAUUAUGAAGUGGCCAUGGUUAAUAAAGGAUUGUUACCACCAAAGAUUCACAUUCCAUUUAUUGGAGAUGCAAUAUGUUUUACAAAUGGGUUCAAAUUCAAUCUAAGACUAAUAUUAUUUUGGGGACCAUAUUCUCCAUUUGAUCAACGGUGGCAUUUACGUCAAGAAUACAAAAUCAAUAGUCAACGAGAUGCUUUAGCAAGACAAUUAUCAAGAUUUAUUUUACUGUAUGGCAUUACCAAUUUACUUUUAUCACCAUUUAUAUUUAUUUGGCAAGUAUUAAAUUUAUUUUAUGGUUAUACAGAACUUGUUCGACGUGAACCUGGUGUACUUGGUAGUCGUCGAUGGAGUAAUUAUGGUCGUCUAUAUUUAAGACAUUUCAAUGAAUUAGAUCAUUCAUUGAAUCAACGUUUAAAUCGUGGAUAUAAACCGGCAAUAUUUUAUAUGAAUUCAUUUGUUAAUUACAGUAUCAUUGAAGUUGCAAAAUUUGUGAGUUUUACAACAGGAGCCAUAUUAGCUGUAUUAAUUAUAUUAACAGUUUUUGACGAAGAUGUAUUGAAUGUUGAACAUAUGCUAACAAUGAUGACAACAUUGGGCGUUGUUAUAGGAAUUUGUCGAUCCCUUAUACCAGAUGAACAUACCGUUUUUGAUCCAGAACAAAUGAUGCAAUUGGUACUUGCUCAAGUUCAUUAUCAACCAGAUGGAUGGAAAAAUCAUGCUCAUACAGACUAUGUGCAAAGUGAAUUUGCACAAAUGUUUCAACUAAAAUAUGUAAAUUUUCUUGAAGAAUUAUUAAGUCCAUUUAUCACACCAUUAAUAUUAUGUUUUCAAUUUCGACACAAAUCUAUGGAAAUAAUCGAUUUUUUACGUAAUUUUACCGUAGAUGUUCAAGGCGUUGGAGAUGUUUGUAGUUUUGCACAAUUGGAUGUUGCUAAACAUGGAGAUUUAAAAUGGUUUUCACCUGCUAAACCAUCGUCCUCUCAGAAUGAUGCAACAAUUACAAAUGAUGGUAAACUUGAAUUAUCUCUAAUGCAUUUUCAUCAUACAAAUCCAGAAUGGAAAAUGCCGAAACAAUGUCAACACUAUUUGGAAAAAAUUCAAGAAAGAGCACUCGAAAAUAUUCAAACAUCAUCAGUACUUCAACAAUCGAUUAAUGAUAUUCAUCGUUUACAAACAAGUUAUUACAGUGAUCCUCAAGUAUCUCAUGAUCGUUCUUUCUUCAAUAAUGUGACAUCAACAGUGCAACAACCGAAAGGACAUUUGAUUAAUAGUCAUCACUACACAUCACCGACCUCGGUGAAUCAUACAGCUGUCUCAGUGCUUUCAUCUAAUGAAUUAUCGCAAAGCUAUUUAACUGGUGCUAUAUCAAAAGCUGAUUUACCCUACAGAAGUACAGCACCAUUUGGCGUUUUGUCAAAAAUCCAUACAACCAUGUUCGAAUUAUCCGAUCCUCAAUUAUUUAGUAAUCCUCAGCUAGCACCAUUACAAGGUAUUCCUGGAGCGGCACAAUUGGAUAUGAAUUACAGUGCACUUUACAUGCAUGAGUUACGACAUAAAUAUAAACAUGGAGAUUAUGUGGAUUUGGAAAAUAUAAGUGAAGACGAAAAUCAUGCAAAGUGUUGA